AUGAAGAACUUUCUCCGCACCGAAGGCUUUGAACUAUUCAACAAUGAUGACAUGUCCAUGCAAGUGGUUGAUGUGAGCGAAUGUGUGAUCGCCUGCGAAAAGAACAAUAUAGAUGGACAACCUUUAGACUGCCGAUCGUUCGAUUUCUCUCCGCCCACUUGCAUUUUCUCCUCUGAAACCGCUGUGCCAGUUGGAAACGGUCAACUGCAACAGCGUAAUGACUCGUUUUACUACGAGAAGAUCUGCGUCUCAGAAACAACGACGAGUCGCCUCGCUGCUCCUACCAGGAAGUGUUCACCUACCUUUACACGCUUCCCACAAAUGGUUUUGGUCGGAUUCGCCGAGGCAGUGGCCGACACGACGUCAUUUGAGGCUUGCUUUGAGCACUGCCUAGAGAGCUACAGCACCUUUGGUUUCAACUGUAGCAGUGGCAUGUAUUUCUUCGAGGUAACUACCGAAACUCAGCUGAACUGCAUUUUGAAUUCGGAAAAUCGACACACUCAAAGCGAGCUGUUCGCAGAAGAAAACACGGACAUUGUGGAUUACUUCGAAAUUGGAUGCGAGAAGCCGCAGCGACGUCGUAUUCACGCGGCAAGGACAUACGCUGUUCCUGAAAAGCUGGUAAUCGCAUCGGAAACGCAGACGGAAUGGUCGAAAUGUGAAGACGGUUUGCAGCAUCGACGACGGGACUGCAACGAUCGCGAAAACUGUAAUCUGCAAAGUCGUCCUUGCGAAGACAACACGAAACCUACUUCAGUUCAGCGAGAUCAGCCAGAAGAUCUACGCGGAAUCAUUGCGGACAUUGCAAGUCAAGGAGAUCGGCAGAGAGGCUGCUCGCUGUGCACCAGAGAUGUUGCCGUGUUCAGCAAUGUACAGUUGGUCUUCGGCUCAACUCGAAAAUGA